AUGCUCUGCCUGACUGAAGCAAGUGCAGGUCUUCAUUUCCAACUUCAACAACGACCACUUCAACCUCGACAACAAGUGUCACUACCAGCACCACUUCAACCUCGUCGACUAGUACUACAUCAUCCACGAGUUCAACAUCAAAGACAACGUCGACGACAAGUACUUCAACCUCAACAUCAACGACAACAACGACAACAGGUAAGUUUUCGAACGUAUGAUUAUUCUUUUAUAUCAAAUGUCAUUUUACUCUCAAUAGCACCAACGUGCGGCACUACUCCUGCCAAUCCGCCAGGACAAAUUUUGAAUUUGGCCGCUAAGAAUGCAGAGACCACGUAUACACGUUACAAUUAUAGUUUCUGGGCAAAUCAUUCUUCAGCAACUCUAUCAUUUAUAAUAACGGGUGAGGGUGGAGGAGGUGCUGUUCACUACUGGUUAUUAGACGAAAUAUCUGUAAAUCAUACAAAUGCAAACGCAGAUGUUCUUAUUAAUGGUGAUUUUGAAACAGGAAAUUUUAGUGGCUGGACACAGUAUUGUAACAUGGAUCCCAAUUGUAAAGAUAAAACAACUGGUAAUUAUGCGCAUACUGUAACAAAUCCAUGUUAUGCAGGAGCAUACUGCGUUUACGAUUCAUGUAAAAAUACUGACUAUUUGGAACAAUUGUUUUCUACUGUUGCUGGAGAUUACUAUAUAAUAUCAUAUUAUCUCAGGAUCGAACCUGAUGCAGGAGGGCCUUUGCAAAUGUAUGUUACAUUAACUUAA